CUCCCAGGGCCCUUCGGUUCGGCAGGCUGCUGCUGCGUUCCGGCUUUGGCGUGCACUGUGUAACGUAACGAGUUGGCCGUAGAUCGCCGGCCACGGGCUUAUACCCGCCAAGAUGCCAGCCAUCCUGGACGACCCGGCCGCUCCAACCAUUUACCGUGUCUCGGGAGACCCCCCGUAUCCGGAUCCCGCCAACCCGUCGUUACCAGCAACCAUUGUGCCCCGCCAUGUAACGCUCCGCGACCGUCAAACGGUAGCUACCGUUGUGCCGUUUGCAUCCCGCCACCAGGUACCUGAGUCACUGCUCCGCUAUCUCAGCGACCAGUUCAGCAAGGAAAUCGAGGGCGGUGAUACGUACCCGAUGCUGGAGCCAAUGCCCUAUGACAAGUUCGCAUCGUACUGGUUCCAGAACUUUGCCGGCAUCAUGCUUCUCGGCCAUCUGGAGGGCGCUGCUGACGUAUUUGAGGGCAAGGACUGGUCAAAGGAAUGCCUGGGAACUUUCUACAUCAAACCAAACUACCCAGGCCGCAGCAGCCACAUCUGCAACGCAGGUUUUAUCGUCACCGAUGCCUCUCGCAACCGCGGUGUCGGCCGACUGAUGGGCGAGACUUACCUGGAGUGGGCGCCCAAGUUGGGAUACAAGUACUCCGUUUUCAAUCUUGUCUACGAAACAAAUGUUGCGUCGUGCAAGAUUUGGGACGCAUUGGGCUUCAAGCGCAUCGGGCGGGUCAAGGGGGCCGGGAACCUUAAGAGUUACCCGGACCGGUUGGUGGACGCCAUCAUUUACGGGCGCGAUCUGGGCGACGCGGGCGGCAGCGCGGGCAAUGAGGAACUUGCUUCGUAGCGCCGCAACACACUACAAGCUCCUGGAGGGCGACAUUCUCAUGCUCAAGGACAAGGAGGUCAUUUCGGAUCCCCAGCGCCAGUACGAGAUCGCCAGGGGGGUG